UCGGACAACAUUUUUGUAAAGGAAAAAGUUGCUUCAAAUGAUCCGAGACAUUUUUGGGACACCAUGUAUAUAGCCGCGACUUUGUACCAUCAGAUUAUCAUUCAUUUCGAAGUUUACAAAACUUUUUAAAUGGUAAAAGUUUCAAUAAUAACGAUAGCCUCGAAAUCGCACUUGAUUGAGUCUUUUACUGACAAGUACCGGAAGUUUCAUGAGCGCGGAAUCGUGAAGUUUUCCAGAAAGAUGGCAAAAGAUCGUCGAACAAACUGGAAAACAUUUUUACUUUUCCUGCCAACCGAAUAUUUUCAAGAGUUUCGGGCAUUUAUACAAACAUUUAUACCGGCAGUUUUCUGUGGAAGCUGUAAUAAAUAGUCUGUAGUAAAUGAUUUCAAGUGCAUUACAAUACAAAUUUAAUAUCGUACAAUUUUUAAUAUAAUAUUGCUACUCCGCUGUAGUAUAUUAUUGCGUUUAUACUGUAGUAUAAACCCGCGGGUUUGUAUGCAAAAUAAAAAUUUAUACAGGAGUCGAGGAGUUCAAAUAACUCGAAAGUCAUAGGCGUCGCCACUCGCGACCGCGAGAGCACCGUGUUUCUCGCAAGAGAAGCAUUACGCGGGAAACUUCGCGACACGGCCUCGAGGUGACUACGCCUUCCUCGCGACGUUCUCGCUGCUACAACUGAUCUGGAAUCAGGAAUCGGGGGCAAGGAGCGAAAGAGAUGUCGCAAGUUCAUUGAGGCUCCGAACCUCCGGCUCUCCCUUUCGCACCCUGCCGUCCGUCCUGCAUUUUUCUGUCGCAUUUUCCUAUCCCGGGGUCAGUGUAGACCAGAGAUGUUCAACAGUCCUCGCAGCAGACAAAGGCAAACUUCUUAGCAGAGUGGGGCCAUGUGGUUGUGGCUACGUUCCUAGGGUCUAUGACGACCCUCUGAUGCUCAUACUAUUUCACUGAAUCUCGACGUAAGUUCAGUGUUAAGCCCAUUAACACUGAUUAAUUCUCUGCAGCAACUGCGUGAAUGUAUUUGGACAUUCUACAUAUAAGUAAGGCAGGGGCAACUGACGGCUCGCGAGAUAUAGCCAAAACUGAAGCAAUGUUUUUAUAAAUAGUAGAUCGACCGCUUUACCUAAAAUAAAUACGAAUAAGUGCAUAUUAUACCCUUAGUAUCAGAAUCGUGUGACUAAACUAAUACAACUAACACUAUAACUCGACCGACAAUCUGUGAGACAUGUUCAGGUUAUGUCAAGUUAUGUUAUGCAAAUUGUUUAAUUGUAAAUUGUUUGAAUUGUUUAGCUUUCCUACCAAUCUUCCUUUGUAAAUAAAGUAAAACCGAAUAAAUGCAUAUUUUACCCACAGUGCCAUGGGGUAUCAUCAAACUUAUCAGUCUUUCUAAUACAACUAACACCGUAACUCGACCAACAGUCUGUGAGAUAUGUACAGGUUCCCCAAUCCGUAUUCAUCCUUUUGCAGAUCAUGUUUACUUUUCUUUUCGAAUUCCAAAUGCACCAUUUUGCACCAUUUGCAAUUCAUUUUGUGAACUAUAUGUAUAAAUAUAACUUGAAAUAUAUUUUGCAAUUUUUGUUUCGAGAAUUACUGUGUAAGUAGAAUGAAGACAAUCGAACGAAGUUAUGCAAGCCACCACCAGAUGAUCAGAUAAGGCUCACUAUACCGUCGUCCGUACCACCGUCAACGACGAUUCAAUUGAAGUUUUCAUAAAAAUCCUAUGCGACUGAAAAAGUAUGGUUUUCCGUGGUGUUAUAUUAGAGAGUUCAUCCAGCGGCGGACGGCACGGUUCAUCGCUGGAUCCUUUCGGAGACGUUCGAAAUAUGUACGAAUUCGGCCAGUGGAAUAUUCAAAACGUGUACACAUUAGUAGACUGCGCGAGAACGGACGGUCGCCGAUCGUCGGAAAAAUUAAUCACGAACUCCGGAAAUGAUUUCCCGUCUCCGAACUCGAAAGAGAAGACGGCCACGACAAGAUCCGAAGCGAUUCCAUCGAAUCAAGCGCAGGAGCCGUACAAUGGAAAGGGCUGCAGGCCUCUGUAUUGCGACCGUUGCGGCAAAGUAUUCUACCAGAAGUACAAUCUUCGCAACCACAUGAUGUCGUACAGGUAUCCAUGCAGCAUCUGCACAGAGGUCUUCCGCACUAAGCUGGAGAUCAUGCUGCACGUCACAGAGAGACACGGGCUGCCGGUCACGGCGCCCGUGGAGAGAUACCAGUACUCGUGCACCGACUGCGACUUCAAAACCCGGAACAAGACGAUACUGACGGAGCACAUUCUUCGCCAGCACACCGACAAGUACGCGUACGUCUGCGAGAUCUGCCCGAGGGAGUUCAAGGUGAAGAGCGACCUCACCGAGCACAUGAAGCAGGACCAUCUGAUCACGAAGUGUUUCAUCUGCAGCAUCGUGUUCAAACACCACAAAGCGCUGGUCAACCACGUGAAAAGCAAGCACGGCGAACAGCCGUAUCAAUGCAAGAGAUGCAAGCGCACCUUGGAGUCCCAGGAGUCGCUGGACCGGCAUACGCAAUGGCACACGGAUAUGAAGAAGAGGGCCUCCAUACCGUGUCCGAAAUGCGGCAAGCUGAUCCGUGAUUGCAACCUGUCCAGACACAUGCUGAAGCAUAGCGGCAAAAAGCCUAGCACGUGUUCCGUUUGCGGGAAAUCAUUCCGGAGGCAGAGCGACUUGCAGCUACAUCUUCUCGCCCAUGCUGGCAAGAAGCUGUACGUUUGCGACAUUUGCGGGCAAAAGUUGGCGCGGAAAUCGGGACUCCGUGACCACCGAAAGCGGCUGCAUCCUGGGCCAAAACCGCCGCUACCGCCGGUAUCGAUCAAAGACAUUGUUAAGGACGUCAUCGAGACCUACGAACAUGUGAAACAAGAGUCAAUUGACAUUGUUUAAUUCCCUGCAGCCAUUGCGUCUAUUAGAAGACUGUAGUAUUCUAAUAGAUGUAUUAGAAGACUAUAGUAUUCUAAUAGAUGUACUAGAAGAUUAUAGUAUUCUAAUAGAUGUACUAGAAGACUAUAGUAUUCUAAUAGAUGUAUUAUAAGACUAUAGUAUUCUAAUAGAUGUAUCAUAAGACUAUAGUAUUCUAAUAGAUGUAUUAUAAGACUAUAGUAUUCUAAUAGAUGUAUCAUAAGACUAUAGUAUUCUAAUAGAUGUAUUAUAAAACUAUAGUAUUCUAAUCGAUCACAUUACGUUAGGUUUUUGAAAGUGACAGCUGUGCCGAACCCAAUGCGAACAUAACACGUUUUCAGAGUUGGUACCUUUUUGUGUACUUCGGGAUAAGUUUCCGUAAUGUUACAGUAAAAUGUAAAAAAAAGAAUGUAUUUUAAAUAGCAGUCUAAAUAUACGCAUGUUUAUAAAUACUUCAAUAAUGAACUGAUUCAAUGAUUAAUUGAGAGGAAAAUGGGGGUCAGCAUUAUGCAUGGCGGCGCCCGUCGACAAUCACUUUGUUAUAAAUAAGUUGAAAUGUUACUUAAUUCGUUUAAAUAAUAUCGAGAAAUAAAAUGACACAGGAAAUAACGAUAAGUAUAAAAGUACAUUCUGAUUUGUAAGAAUAAUUGUAAUAUUUGUGUUCGAAAGAGAACAAGUUUGACUAAAAAAA